AUGGAUCAAGUUAUUAAGUUGGUCCUUCAGUUCUGUAAGGACUAUCACAGCAGGAAUGCCCCUUCUAAGAAGGACAUUUCAGUUGUACUUAUUCGCCUGGAAAAGGAGUGGAAUCUUCCCUCCUCUCAGGACAUUUUAGAUCCUGAUAAAUGGGAUCAGUUUACAUCCACGCUUGCACAGCGUGCGAUAGAGGAGCAAAAAGCAGCGGAGCUAAAAAUCUGGGGGUUAAUUCUUGGGGCUCUUAAAGCCGCUAGAGAAGAAGAUAGAAUUCCUGAGACUGCACGCGUUAUGAUGGGUUUGGAAUUUACUAAUGCCAUGAGAAGUGGCGCGGGAAGCGUACUUUCUUGCAGGUCCCCUGAGGAAAAGAACACCGCAAAUAUGCCCUCAGCUAUGGCGGCUAACAUCUCGUCCGCACCUUCGGCACCCCCCUUCGCUCCCCCCUCGGCUUCAGCUUCGCAUAAACAAGUAGAAGAAGACUGCGCUAAACUGUCUGCACUUUUAUCAUGCAACACCGGCCAAGUGCAGGAAUCCAAGGUCGUUGAAACUCCCCAGCCGUAUCCACGACAACCGCUGUAUCCUUCUCUGUGUAAUCCAAUACCACCUGCGGGGGCAGGGAAAGAAGUGAGCUGGGAUGGGACACUUGCUGUCUCUUCUCAGGAGGUGGAAUGCAGUAACACCCAGGGGGGUGGGGACUGCGGGAAAGGUCUGGGUACGGAUUGGUCAAAAGUUAGAGAGGCGGUAGAAGAAAGAACAGCAGAGAGAAAGGGAAGCGAUGUAACUUACAGGCACUCGGAUGAUAACGUCCGGCCAGCACUGUCCACCCUGAUCGCGCCUGAAGGAGUAGGUGGCGUGUGGGCAGCGCUGUCUGCUCAGGUUGCACCCGUAGGAGAAAGACAAAAUGACGAGAGUCUCCGGACCCACUCCCUACCACAGCAUUCAGACCCACUGAUUCGACCCACACAUCCUUUUACAAGAUUGAGUGUGUAUGCAACCAAUCAGAAGCCUCUACAACAGUCAGUGCAUGAUCAAAGGGAGAUGGGUCUGAGGGGAGGGGUGCGGAGCCCGCAGCUUCCAGCUGUGACUGAAAAGGAUAGUGAAAGGAGAGAGGUGAAUUUGCAUUUAGGAGUUAAGAGAGAUGCACUAACAGAUUGUGGAAAGUUUAGAUCUAGCCUGAUAGAGGAAGGAAAAGUACUGGAGAUCUUCCUGGUAGUAGGGAACAGUAACAGAAUCCCAGAAGGGGUACCCCUCAAUCUGAAAGACAUCACACACCUGAUAGAUUGUGUAGAGAAACAGGGAUUGAAAUCACUCCUUGCUUUAAAUGCAUUAGAAGUCCUGACAGCAUCAGGUCUUCUCUUUCCUCGUGAUGUAAUGAAUCUGAUGCGCAUGGUUUUUAAGCCAGUGCAGUAUACAUUGUGGGCAUCAGAAUGGGUUCCCUUCAGGGACAGGUGGCCAGAUUGAGGCCUGGAGAACAAGCAACAAGGAUUUGCUUAUGAGAGCAAUGCUCUCAAGGCUUGAGACAUCUGCCUUGAUAUUGAACAAAUGUUUGUCAUUUUUGAGGUACAUUCCAACAGGUACCUGAGACAAUGUUGGUAUACAUUGGGAAAGGUUAUGUUUGUAUAAGGAUCUUUGUAAUUUCAUACUCAUAGAUAGUGCCACUAGAGCUAUCAGCAAUCACUCUAAUCAGUAAUCUCUAAUCUCUCUCUAUGAUUUUACCAGUACUGUAGAAUGUGGCUUUAAUUGUUUAGCAUUGAUAACAUCACAUCAGUUAUUGCAGCCCCUUGUUAUUUAGGCUUGUAUAUGUUAGAAGAUCGAGCAACAGAAGCCUUGACUGCGGCCGGUUUUGUUAUCUCCGAGCAAAAAACUCAGAGGGGACCAGGAAUUGAAUAUCUCAGGUAUAAGUUUGGCCCGGAGAUGGUACGACCGAUCAGCCUUGAUAUUCGUCCCCAUAUUACCACCCUGUGGGAUGUGCAGAAGUUAGUAGGGGCAAUCCAGUGGAUUCGAGGGGCUUUGGGAAUCCCACCUCGGCUUAUGAAACCCUUUCAUGAUCAGCUUAAGGGAUCAAACCCGAGGGAGCCUGGGAAACUUACUCCAGAGAUGACUGCCGCAUGGCAUGAAAUCCUACAGAAUUGUAUGAAAGCAUUCCUAACGAGAUGGGACCCUGAUCGGGCUUUCGAGGUAGCAGUAACGAGAUGUGAGGCGGGUGCAACGGCAGUGAUAGGUCAUUCCCUUGAUGCUAAGCCCCGACCUCUAUGGUGGCUGUUUUCCGUACAGCCCACACGAGCCUAUACUUCCUGGCUUGAGAUUCUAGCAAUGUUGCUUAAGAAAUCUCGAUUGCUGUCACUGCGAGCCUUUGCAAAAGAACCUGAUGCAAUAUAUCUACAGAGCUCAUUUCGUGAUACACAACCACUUCCAGAUAUCCUUCUUACAGCUUUACAGGGAUAUGGAGGUGCAAUUGAAUAUACUGACUCUCUGCCUAUCUUUGAGCUAGCAAAACCCCUCCAUGUUUCCCUCCAAUGCCGUGUUCAAACUUCCCCUCUCGAAGGACCUACCUUGUUCACAGAUGCCUCCUCAUCUACUGGACAAGGAGCUGUAGUGUGGCAAAACUCAGACAAUAAGUGGAGCUCGGCUAUUUUUUGUGACCGGACAGUUAGCGUACAAAUAUUGGAAGUUAUGGCUGUAACAAUAGCACUUCGUCUAUGGCAAGAAAUCCCAUGCAAUGUAGUUACUGACUCUGCUUUUGCAGCUAAGCUGCUUGCACGCAUGGGUCAAGAAGGACAUCCGAGUACUACAGCAGCCGGACUGUUAGAAGAAGCGUUGGCCUCUCGCUCGGCUCCAGUGGCUAUACUACAUGUCCGCAGUCAUUCAGAGGUUCCAGGGGUUUUUUACAAUGGGUAAUGCAGUUGCUGACAAGAUUGCAGGCACGUCAUGCUUCACUGUCAGAACUGCGCAUGAUCUUCAUGCAUCUCUUCAUAUAGGUGCCAAGGCUUUGGCACGAACCUGUUCUAUUCCCUUGCCAACAGCUCGUAAUGUAGUUCAGGCAUGUCCAUAUUGCAAUUCUGCCCCAACUAUUGGUGCAGGUGUUAACCCCCGUGGCUUAAAGCCAUUGCAAAUCUGGCAGACGGACUUCACAUGGGAACCCCGUAUGGCCCCUCGUCCAUGGCUCGCCGUUACUGUAGAUACAGCUUCUUCUAUGAUAUCAGUCACUCAACAUACAAAGUGCAAUUCGACCGCAGCACAGAGUCAUUGGGCCACUGCAAUAGCCGCAAUGGGGUUGCCCGGCCAGAUAAAAACAGAUAAUGGGUCUUGCUUCAUCUCAAAAUCGACCCAGGAAUGGCUAACAGCUUGGGGGAUAUCUCAUUCCACAGGAAUCCCUGGCAACUCUCAGGGACAAGCAAUUGUAGAACGUGCCAAUCGCCUCCUCAAGGAAAAGUUACGCGUCCUAGGUGAGGAGGAAGGGUAUCAGAGUGCAAUUCCUGUUAAAAGACAAGCAGAGAUUCUAUCUGAAGCCAUUUACUCAUUGAAUCACUUUGAACGUGGAGAUUGCAGUAGAAGCCCUGUACAGAAACAUUGGCAGCCCAAAGUCUUGAGCGAAGGGCCUCCAGUAAAAAUAAAAGCAGACAGUGGAGAAUGGGAGGCGGGCUGGAUGAUUCUGGUAUGGGGAAGAGGCUAUGCAGCAGUAAAACAUUGCGAAACGGGAAAAAUAGUAUGGAUACCGUCGCGAAAAAUUAGGCCAGACAUCAGCAAGGAACUAACUGGAACAUAAGUCUUCCCUUUACAGCAUUGACUCCUGGGAAGGCCCAGACAACAGACAAAAUCGCCAAAAGAACAAGAGAAGGAGUCGCUCCUGAACAGCUUACCCACAAAAGAAAGGUGUUCAUGCUAACGAGGUACCAACUGCUAAAACACAUCAGAGGCAGUGGACAGAAAGUCUUCAUUGCUGUUCACCACGACACAAGAGAGAGAGACACCACGUCUUAGAGAGAGAAGAAGGAUGGGGAACACCACUGAUGGGAAGUGCUUCUGGGAUGGUUCAUCAAUACGACGGGAAUGUUUAACUCUGUUUAACUCUAUUCUAUAUUCAGUUAUAGUUGCAUUAGGUCUAACAUUAAUACGCUUAGUGCUUAUAGUCAUAUUAUACAUAUAGGCAUAUAGGUAUAUAAGUAUAUAGUCAUACUAGGUACAUAGGUAUAUUACACAUAUAUAAGUAUAGUGUAUGUUGAGACAAAUGACUCGUAUGGCAAAUGCUAAGACGAACAAAUCAGCAUCAUCUAAGAAUGCAAUAUAUAGUUUUAUGUAGAACUCACGUUUAGGAUUAUUAAGUUAAUAGGUUGUCAUUAGGUUAAUAGGUUAUAGGGUUAUUAGGGUAGGAUUAUUCUGCGAAUCGGGAUGUAACGGGGCAAGGCUUAACCGAGAGGACAAUGGCAUGUAUAGGCGCAAUGCGGGGAUUUCGGGGUGUACGUGGUUAGGUCCUCUCGAGUUGUAGUAGACUUUCUUGAGCUUGGAGAGGGGGAGAUGUUGUCAGCAACUGCGAGACUGAGAGACCCCCCCACGGGAUGUGACGCAAUAGGCCCUCUCCCUGCUCUAUGAUUGAUGUGUGGCACGUGCCUUAGGGGCGUAGACGAAGCACAUAGGUUAUAUAAGCUAGAGUUCACGUGUAAUAAACGCCAUUUUGCUGUUCAUCA